AUGCAGCGCCUCCUCCCCGCCACCCUCCGCCGGCGCCGCCUCUCCACCGACGCCGCCCCGGACCACGGCCUCGCCUCCUCCGCGGAGCUCGCGCACCGCCUGCUCCGCCGCCACGGCGCCGACCCGCAGAGGCUGGCCUCCGCGCUCUCCGCGUCGGGGCUGGACCCGGCCUCCCCGCGCCUCCUCGACGCCGUGCUCCGCCGCUGCGGCGCCGCCUCCUCCCUCGCGCUCGGCUACUUCCACUGGUGCUCCCCGUCGCUGCCCACGGCGCCGCUCCCCUCCUCCCUCGCACUCCUCGCCAAGUGCUUCUCCCGCGCCUCCGCCGCGCCCUGCCCCUCCCUCCUCGCGCCGCUCCCCUCCCACCUCCUCUCCGCCUCCAUCCUCUCGCCCGUCCUCCGCCGCCUCCCGCCGCCGCGCGCCCUCCCCUUCGCGCUCUCGCUCCUCGCCUCCCGCCCCGACCACGACCACCCCUCCCUCUUCCUCUCUCUCCUCGAGUCGCUCUCCAAGACCGGCCACGUCGCCGCCGCCGAGCGGCUCGUCGAGGAGCUCCAGCCCCGGCUCCCGCUCGAGCUCCGCCACUACACCGCCUUGCUCUACGGCUGGUGCCGCCUGGGCAAGCUCGACGAGGCCAAGCACGUGCUCGCCCGCAUGAAGGCCGCCGGGGUCGCCCCGGACGUCGUCGUCUUCAACACCCUGCUCGCGGGGUUCGUCGCCGACGGCAGGUUCGAGGACGCGUUCGAGCUCACAAGGGAGAUGGAGCGGCGGGAUUGCCCUCCCAACGCGGUGUCCUACACCACCCUCAUGCAGGGGCUUGGGUCCAAGGGGAGGGUUGAUGAGGUAAUGCGGGUGUUUGUUGAAAUGCGGAGGAAGGGAUGCACGCCGGAUUCUGUCACCUACGGUACUCUGGUCACUGCAUUUUGCAAGGCAGGCAGGUUAUCUCAGGGUUACGAGUUCUUGGACUCCAUGUCGAGGGACGGGCUGCGGGUGGAUCCUGCAGUGUACCUUGGGUUCUUUGUGGCGCAUGAGAAGAAGGAGCAGCUGGAGGAGUGCUUGGAGUUGAUGGAGAGGAUGAGGGAGUGCAGGUGCCCCCCAGACCUCAAUAUCUACAAUGUGGUGAUUCGGCUGUCCUGUAAGCUCGGAGAGACGAAACAAGCCACGACAUUGUGGAACGAGAUGGAGAAUAGCGGGCUUAGUCCUGGGGUCGACACCUUCGCAAUCAUGGUGACUGGGCUUGUUGGUCAGGGCUCGCUGGUCGACGCGUGCAGUUAUUUCAAGGACAUGGUCGGGAGAGGGCUAUUUGUUGCACCACAGUACGGAGUGUUGAAGGACCUUCUCAAUGCGCUAGUCAGGGAUGAGAAACUUGAGCUUGCAAGGGAUGUUUGGGGUUGCAUUGCCAGCAGAGGCUGUGAACUAAAUGUGAGUGCAUGGACAAUCUGGAUCCAUGCACUGUAUGCGAAGAAACAUGUGAAGGAGGCCUGCUCCUAUUGCUUGGACAUGCUCGAGGCAGGGCUGAUGCCGCAGCCAGACACAUUUGCAAAGCUAAUGAAGGGACUGAAGAAACUGUACAACAGACAGAUUGCUGCUGAAAUCACUGAGAAGGUGAGGCUGAUGGCGGAGGAGAGACAUGUAAGCUUUAAAAUGUAUAAGAGGCGUGGGGUGAAGGAUCUCGAAGAGAAGCCUAAGUCAAAGAGAAGGAAAGGGCAAAAGCGGAGUCGGGGGAGGCAGACCGUUCAAGAUCAGCCUAGAGAACAUGCUGACCUUUCGGAUUCUGUCGAUGAUGAAGAAUACCCGAGUUGAAUUAAACUAGGAUCAUAAGUGGGCAAUGAACUAGUGCACCUUCACUUGAUUACAUUGUUUGUGGGAGUGAUUGGGUUAUGAAGCAACCAAUAAGGAAACAUUGAUCUUGCUGAAAAUGGAGCAGGUUUGCAGUAUUUCUAUUGGCAACUGAUAUUGAUACUUGAGCCAAGUGGCACUCUGGUCCUAUCUGAAGUCCAUUUGCCAGUGUGUACUUCAGUUUUCAAAACCUUUCAGGGGCUAAUAAUAUUGGGUCCUUUCAGUGCCAGUGCAAAAGAAGAUAACACCAAUAUACAACACUACUAUGGCUGGAAGUGAGUCCAGCCUGUCUAAGCUUGGUUAUGCCUGAACUAGCUUGUUGCAACUGGAAGAUUUAUCCAAACAAGCUUGAGCUGAGAUUGAAGAUGCCGGGGAUAAAUGCAACAGUUGCCAUGCCAACUACACAAAAUGGAGUGCAAAAAGAUAGGGCAUUUCAGCUGAUUAAGAGUCGCCGUUGGUGGGCACGAAGCCAUUGCCGAGGACACUGAUAUCUCAAUAUAUUAUGCUGGGUGAUUGAAUUGCAAUGCCAAAUCAAGAAGCGGAAGCAGAUUUGAACCAACAUUUCAUUGCUAAGUGGGAGUUAGAGAAGAACACACGGACACAGAUUUCCUGAGUCACAAGUUCAGAAUCCCAGACUUCAAUGUUGUAGCUGGAGAGGAGCUGAACGGCGGUGAAAGGAGGGUCAGCAUCCCACCGUACGAGGGGAUCUGACCAACUUAU